CGCCGCUUGGGGCCCAGAUGUCUUGGGAGUUAUUUAUAGAACCGCUGGCACUACGACAAUCCCUGCCUCAUCCAGCAGACAACAAAGCGGGAUCAGUUGCGAACCAACCAUGCGAUCGAUUGGAGUUCGUGGAACGAGCCAGCCUCUGGGCAUCCGGAUCUGCUGUUGUCGCGUCUUCACCUGCAUCAACUUCGGUUUCGUUCUGUCGCGGAUCGGCCUCCUCAAGCUGAUGGAGCUGGGUCUGGCCAUGCUGUGCGAGGGCCUGCUGAUCAAGUACGGCAUUCCCUAUGGCGACUCCAUUGGCCAGGCGCUGACCAGUUUCUUGGCCACCACGGGCCACUGCUUCACCACCACCGGCAUCCUGCUGCUCUGCUACGCCUUCUCCGACAAGUCCUACGGCCUCAUCCGGCAGUCGCUGUUUGAGACCUUGUUCAACGCCCUCGCCAGCUGCAUGUACUUCAGUUCAGCCAGUUACAUGGGCUUCGCCUGCGUGGUGUGGCUGCAUCCACAGUUCCUGGUGCGACCCGGAUUCUGGGCAUACCCCGCCAUGACGGCCUGCUAUUACUUGGGCUAUGCGGCGGGCAUUCUGCAUGCCCUGGAUGCCUACUUGGCAUUCCGGCACUUUCGAGGGGCACGCUAAUCCCGGCCAGACAAAGGCAGUAUCUUAAGUAAUUUGUGGACAUAUUUAUAUGAGUUUUAGGUUUAAGGCAC